CUUCCACUGAUGAUCAGGUUCGAGCGCCAAGUAGGCUAGGACGCACAGUGUGAUGAUGAAGGGCUGUUAAUCUCCCACAGAACCUUACGAUGCCCAGGCAGGCAACAGUGCAAGCAGAAUGUCACAGGAGGCAAAGUUAAAACCCUACCACAAUACCAGCAGGCCUGAUGUCUUUGAGGGUCAUCUCAGAAGUCAGGACAGGACGCUGGCUGUGCUGUUGGAGCAGGCUUUUAGGAUUAAAGAGGAGGUGGCAGCCAGUAUUCUGUCCGCUCAAGGAUCUGUCCAGACUGAGGCUCUUUCUCGUAGAUUACUGGAGAGUCACAUACUCACCAUUACACGCAUUGUAAAGCAACUGAGUGCAAAUAUGCAGGUAUUGGAGGGUCACAUCGCCCAGCGAGACUCUGUCACAACUGGAACCACACUGGCUGUUCAGUGCAUGGACCAGAAGAACAUGGUCGGCAUUGGAGACCUAAGAGGAAGAGUAGCCAGAUGUGAUGCCAGUAUUUCCAAGCUAAGUGCUGAUGUGAGCUCUGGGGAGAGGCGGGUGAUUCAGCUGCAGCAGGAGGUGAUACAAUUGAGGUCUGUCGUAGAUGUUCUGCUCAAAGAGACAGAAGUCAAGCUUCUUCGUGACCUGAGCAGAGUGGAAGCAUCUUUUGCAGAACAUUCCCAGGGACAAAGGAGCUCCGUGUCUGAUCUGCACAGUCAUGUUAAAGUACUAGAAACUCAGAUAUCAGGAGAACUGAAGGAGCUGAAGAAGGAAACAGAAAUGCUGAAGAAGUGGACAGAAGAACAGCUGCACAGCUCUGUCCAGAUUCAUGAACAGAGUAACCAGAGGAUCAGCACACAACUGCAGGACAAACUGUUGGAGGCAGAGUCUAGAUUAGCUGACCGACUGCACGCCCUGGAGGCCCGUGUGGAGCAGUUUGAAACCCAGUGGGACAAAUCCACCAUUAGGCAUGCAGAUCAUCUGAAACGCAGUGAAAGUAUACUCAAUAAAAGAGUGGCCUCGGUGGAGAACAGCCUCCACCAGGAGCUGCAGCUGCUCAAACAGAACUACGACAAAGGGUUUGCGUCUGUGCGUGAUGCCAUCGAGUCCCUAAAGCAAAUAGGUGACAUUAAAUCUCGUCUAGAAGAAGAAAAGAUUCAAAAGGAUAUCAGGGACAUCUGCAGCAAAGUAGCGGAGCUCAGUGAGUUGUGACACUAACAAAUUCAGAGGAGAUUCUUUUUACCGUUAUACCUAUCCUGAUGCAAUAGUUGUUCUGACUCAAAAAAAAAAAAAAAAAAA